AUACUAUAACCUCCCGAUUUCACACGCGCUCUUCUAAUCAAGCCCAUGCAAAAUUUCUCUACUUUCAAGUAGUUUACCUUUCACACACACACAACAUCACGCUCACUGGCAAAACAAACCUAUUAUAAUACAAAUUUGCAAACUAGCAGUACUGAGUAGUUACAAAUACAACAAAACCAGUAUUUCGCAUUUUUGUUCGUUCGUUCGUUCGUUGUCAUGCAAAAAGGCAAAUACGCACAAAAGACUUUCAUCCUUCCGUUGAUUUCGGCGCUGUGUUUCAGUGAGCCUCAUUAAGAACCCAACAUCCAUCCUCUCUUUCCGCAAUUACCGGAGAAACGAAAAAAAAGUGAGAAAGCGAGUGAAACAAAGUUUUAGUUCGUGCCUGUGUCUGAGUUCAUGUCGCGUGAGCUUAAAAGAUCAGACCCAUUUGCCCUUGCGAUGUUGAACAGUUGCUGAUGCUCGCUCUCGUUCUCUGGGGUUCCCAAAGAAGCUAACUUCACCGGAGGAACAGGACGAAGUUAACCGGUUGGGUGGUGGGUCGGAAGGUGAAGGGGUUUGGAGUGAUAUGGUGCGGUGAGGCGUAACGUAAUGGGGUGUGUGGUGGCGAAGCAGGCUGUUUCUGUCACACCCGCGAUUGAGCACUCGGUUGAGUCGGAUAAGAACAGGAAGAAGAAGACUGAGUCUAGUAGGAGCGAGUUGGGCGAGUCAGGGAGAGCGAGUUCCAAUGCUGGAAGUGAGUCUCUGAGCUUCAGGUUGGGUAACCUGAGCAAGUACGUGGAGGGAGAGCAGGCGGCGGCAGGUUGGCCAGCGUGGCUCAGCGCCGUCGCAAGUGAGGCCAUUCACGGUUGGGUUCCUCUUCGAGCUGACGCAUAUGAGAAACUUGAAAAGAUUGGUCAGGGAACAUAUAGCAGUGUUUUCCGAGCAAAGGAGAUUGAGACCGGAAAGAUAGUAGCUUUGAAGAAGGUGAGAUUUGACAAUUUUGAGCCGGAGAGUGUGAGGUUUAUGGCACGAGAAAUAAUGAUUCUUAGGAGGCUUGAUCAUCCAAACAUCAUUAAACUGGAGGGCUUGAUUACUUCUAGAUUGUCUUGUAGCAUAUACCUUGUGUUUGAGUACAUGGAGCACGACAUCACGGGGCUCUUGUCUAGACCAGAAAUCAAGUUUAGUGAAUCACAGAUCAAAUGCUACAUGAAACAAUUGUUAUCUGGUCUUGAGCACUGUCACUCACGGGGUGUGAUGCACCGGGACAUCAAAGGAUCAAAUCUUUUAGUGAAUAAUGAAGGGAUAUUGAAGGUGGCAGAUUUUGGACUGGCAAAUUUCUCCAAUUCUGGGAACAAGCAGCCCCUCACUAGUCGUGUAGUCACGUUAUGGUAUCGUCCUCCAGAACUUUUGCUCGGUUCAACAGAUUAUGGUCCAUCCGUGGAUAUUUGGAGUGUUGGCUGUGUAUUUGCAGAAUUACUAAUUGGGAAGCCUAUACUUCAGGGGAGAACCGAGGUUGAACAAUUGCACAAAAUUUUCAAGCUUUGUGGCUCCCCACCCGAAGAAUACUGGAAAAAGACCAGACUUCCUCAUGCAACAUUGUUCAAGCCACAACAACCAUACGAUAGUUGCCUCCGACAGACAUUUAAAGAUUUUCACGUAUCCAGUGUAAAUCUUCUACAAACUCUUCUUUCUGUCGAACCAAGCAAACGUGGGACUGCCUCCUCUGCUCUCUCAUUAGAGUAUUUCAAAACAAAACCUUAUGCAUGCGACCCAUCAAGCUUACCAAUAUACCCACCUAGCAAGGAGAUUGAUGCGAAACAUGAAGAGGAGUCAAGAAGGAAAAAAAUUGGUGGGCGAGCUGGUGUACCAGAAUCAAGAAAACCAUCAAGAAAGCCACUAGCACUGAGUAAAUUAGCCCCAGCAGAGGAUUUGACAACUCAAACUCAAACUUCCCAAAAGAAUGAUGAUAGAUGUAUCCACACCCUUAAAGAAGAGAACACUCAUGCAGGUGAGGGGGCACCAAAGCAGUCUGGUGGUAAACCAGACGAUGAUUCCCAUGUGAAGAAGGCAUCUCAAGUAGAUAUUCCCUUUCCUGGGCCAUUGCAAGUUUCAAAAUCAAGUGGCUUUGCAUGGGCUAAAAGGCGUAGAGAUGACGCUUCAAUUAGAACUCACAGUCGUUCUAUUUCUAGAGGGUAUAUCUUUAAUUCAUUGGAAACUUCACUAAAUUCAAGGAAUAAUUCUGAAUCCAGAAACUACGAAAAUAAUGAAUUUUUCGGGACAUGCACCAACUCUAGGGGCCAUGACCUACUUGAAAUUUCUAAGCUUGCCAUGAAAAAUCAAUGGAGUAAGUUUGAUCGUCCAGAUUCAUUUGAUACUGAGGAGUACCAUUCACAAGAACUUUCCAUGGCGCUUUAUAACAGGCAAGACUCAUUAUCCAAGAGAAGUAACCUGAGUUACCAGGAUCAAGGAGAAAAGGUAGAGUUUUCAGGGCCUCUGUUAUCUCAAAUGCACACAGUUGAUGAGCUCUUAGAAAGACAUGAGCGUCACAUCCGGCGUACUGUCAGAAGAUCAUGGUUUCAGAGAGGUAAGAAGCAAGGGAAGUAACUCCAAUGGUGAUAUUAGUCAUGGGAGGAAAUAGAUCCUCGCAUUUCAAACCAAAUGUCCUUGUGAAAGGACCAUUUUCAUUCUCCAAGCUCACUAGCUGCUGUGAUUUUGAGCAACAAAUGAACAUCAUCAUGUACACAUGGACGCAGUAUCCAGCAGCAUGAGUUGGUACCAAGAAUAGAAGCUUGGAAACUAACCAAUUUGAGGAGUGUAAUUCAGUUUACAGAAAUCAGAAGGCCAUGGAGAAGGGAAAAAAAGCUCUUCUUUUACUUCUUUUUCACCAUGGAUUCUCUAUUUUUGGUCAAUUAUAAUAUAUGGAAAUUUAUUUCUUUAUGAUCUAAA